AUGCCUAAGCUGGAAGAUGGUGGCUACCCUUCUUGGCCUGCAGAAGGCGACUCAUAUGGGGCUGUUGGGCAGGGUGACAUUGACAUCACCAACGUCGCCUUGUGUCACGUCUGUAGGAUGAGCGUCUGCUGGCAGGACAUGAAGAUGUGCGUCGGGUGUGCUGCUGGAGUGCAGAGACCCCUCCCCAUCAAGUUUCUGAGACAGCUGAGAGAGGAGCUCGCAAAGAGCGACACAACCGUCGUUCUGCGGUGGCUUGACGGGAGGGGAAAGAUUGUGCACCACGGACAGGUGGAGCGCGCACCAGCAAACGGUGACAAAUCACACAGGGCGGACAUGUGUGAGAUGCUCUCUCUGUAUGUGCUGAAGAACGGUUGGGCCGAUUGGGCGUUGGAUUUCGCAAUCAAGGAGCUGCGCGGGAAGCCGGUGGAGAAGGGACUAGCAGGCGGGUAUAAGCGCAGCCGGCCGAUCGAGGAUGACCGCGGUCCCAUAGCGGGUUGGUGCUCUUGCGGCAAUCAGAAGCUAGAGUCGUCUGGCCAGGCACAAUCCCUGUCCAUCGAAGUCGCCAUUGGGGCGUUGACGAAGCGACCCAAGUCAGCGAGACAGCAGAAGCCGAGCGCACUGACUCGACAAGCCGGCAUCAAGAAACAGUCCAAGCCGGUAAGGAAACAACCCAUCGUAUCGACUCGACAGCUCAGAUCAUCGACAAAGCUGCUUGAAGCAUCAAACGCAGCCCAAGCCCAAGCCCAAGUCGCCGCAGCAAAUGACCCUUCCAAGGAAAAGGCGGUCCGCUCGCGCGCUCCCACCGGAGCGGAGAUGGAGCUGGCCUACGAGCGCACCUUGUGGACGGGCGCGACGCCUCAGAUCUUUGCCGACGCAAUGUGGCUGGCCGGACCUGGCCUUCGCCAUAUCGAAAAGGAGAGCGGCCAAGCGAGUAAGGAGGUUCCAAAGGGCGCGCGCGGCUCCGUCGAAACCAUGAUGCUGCAUUACUUCUUCAUGAACAACCACAUCAACACGCUGACCGACGGACUGGAGCUGACGGUGCUCGGAGCCUACCUCACCGCCCUGGACCAUGGAAACGUUCGAGACAGCGAUUUCACGCCAUUCGCCGCCGACAUUGCGCGCCAUGGAAGCUUGGGCCGGUGGGCGGUCGCCAUCACGGAGCUCGUGAUCCGAUGGCCAACGAUCCUGGACUGGCACGCCGGGUGUGUGUCGAGCCUGGGGUUGGUUCGGGGCCUGACGCUACGUGCCUGGGUCUUUGCCGCGCAUUGGGACGUCCUGAUGCACUACGAACUGGCCAGCGGCCACGAUUGGGAGGAGAAGCUGCCAUCCUGGCUCUACGUCGCAGCUGCGCUUGGCCACGACGCGGGCGAUCUGUGUGCCGAUACGCGGAUGGGAUGCGCCGACAACGCCUACUUCGCCGUGGGGGCCACGUCUGGAUAUGAGGGUGUGGCCGCCUGCAUGGACAUUGUGUGCGACGCCCUCGAGGCGGUUGUGCUCCGAGACACGCGCGGCGCCAUCGACGUCGGCGCUGUUGCCGGCGCCGCUUGUGCAACGUUUGAGCGGACCGGCGGCGAUCUGUGUGCGUGCUCCAAUGAGGCUUCGUCGAGGUCGUGCGAGGCCCAUUCCGUGCUGGCAUCCAUCUGCGGCGACCGCCGAAUCACCGCCGACGACGCCGCGAGCCUCAUCGGCAUCCGCGACGGCAUCAGAUCGCGCUGCCAAGAGCUGCCCCGGUUCCGCGCCCGAGACAUGGCGCAUCUCAACCACGAGGAUCGCGAGAAGGCGUACGGGCACUGUUUCGCGGCCAUGGCGACGGGCGGCAGCGGUGCGAAACAGGCGCACACACGCCUACAAGUUGCGUACUCGAGCGCUGCGCAGUCGUUGUGCGGCCAGUUGCGACGAACAGCAGCAGAUCUUCGAGCGCUGAUUGGCGCCGAUGCGCUGAAUCUGAGCAACGACUGUAUGUGUGGGGGAGAGUGCAGCAUGUGGUGA